GGGGAAUCAGGAGGAAGACUGCUCUCAAGAUAAGCUAUUUCCGACAUUUGACUCAAGUGGUUUGUUUAGAUACAGAGCAUUCUGUCUUGAUAACGAAUGUUAAUGUUACAGGAUGAAAAACUUUCAAUCCUGACUUAUUUUCCUUUAGCCACCUCAUCUAUCAGCCUACAAUAGAACUACAAGGAGUGUCAAGUGGAGACAAACAGCAAAGGUAAAGUUGAUAACAAGGAAACCAGCAAGGAGUCGUAGACAGGGUGCCAAGUGAAGACGAACGGAUGUCGGGGAAAAGACAGGAAUUGCAGGAGGCUUUGUGCCAAUACAGCACAGAUACCCUCACCGACAUUAACACAGUGAGUGGAUUCUGUGAGGGGAUCUCUGCAUGGAAGGAUGCAAGGAAGACCGAGUUUAGCAAGCUAGAAGAUAUCAAAGACAAAGCUGCCAAAGUUGACCUGAGCUUCAGCCAUGUUACCAAGUCAGAAACAAAAGCUAAGGCUCUGGGGGAAUAUGUGAAAAGCAAGAUGACCUCCAGUUAUGCAGACAGCAAGCGUGCAGAUCUGGAGACAGAGCUGGCUGCGGUGCUUGCAGACACUCUGAGAGGUUUCGAGGAGCUCGACCGCUUCCUGGAGGCAGUGGAGAAGCUGGCGGUCACCUCACUUCAUGUGUUCAUGGAGGAGAACCAGGUGUUACACCUGCCUCAGGGGAUCAGCCUUGAACAUGUUCGGGUUGUCAUCACCGCUGCACGACAAAUCUGCCCUCUCCUCCUCAAGUUCAAGAGAGAUGCAAGUGUCUUCUUCCUCCCCAAACUUCACAAUGUGGAAGUGCUGUCAUACCAGCUGGACAAAUACACAGAGACCACCUGCAUAAUCUGUGGGGAUUUGGAGAAAAGUAAGCGCCUCCUGAUGACUAAAAAACAUCUGGCAGACGUCAGUGGGAAUCUGUCUGAAGAUGACAUACAAAGAAUUCUUUGUCACAUUAAUCAGCAUUUUGAAAUAAGACUACGUUUCCAGAGAACAGCUACAGAAACUGUGGUGAACCUUGAUGUGGAUUUGUCUGAAGAUGAAAUAGAAAGAAUGCUUGAUCACAUUAAUCAGCUUCGCAAAAUCAGGAUGGACCAGAACUUCAGACUGGUGUUCUUGUUCCAGGAUGUUUCAUGUUCUGUCUUCAUCGAUGAGUUCAAAGAGCGACAACCCAGGAUGCUGCAGUUUCUAACAGACCUGGAGGAGGUCGCUGUUAAACUAGACAGUAUGAAUAAGGGGGCAAAGAUCUCCAGUGUGGCAGGCAGCUCAGUGGGCGCAGCUGGAGGUGUCAUUUCCAUUGUUGGUUUGGCAUUAAUUCCUGUCACAGCAGGAGUGUCUCUAGGUCUGACAAUAGGUGGGGCAACAAUGGGAGGGCUUAGCGCAUUAAACACUAUUGUCACCACCGCCACAGAGAUUGGAGUAAACUAUACAAAAAAAACCAAAGCCAGUGAAGUCUUCCAGAGCUUCAUGGAUGAUGUUCAGAGUCUCCAGGGUUGUCUGGAGGAGGUCAUCAGGAAACAAAUCACAAAAAUGGAGGCAAGUGAGAUGGAUGUGCUUGCAGAAAUACGCAAAGUGAUAAGUAAGGGUCGUGUGAUCAGGAAACUUGUUGAUGUGCUUAUUGAUGCUACCUCUUCUUUGAAGUUAUUUAAAAGUGAGGUGACUGCAAGUGCUGGCGGGGUGGUGAAGGGAGGCACAGCAUUACGUAACGUGCCCAGGGCGGCCUCAGAUGUCCCUGAAAUCACUCAGGCGGCAGUCAAAGGGCCACUUGCUCUUACUAAGUCAGCCAGAGUAGGUUUAAUUGUAACCAAUGCUCUUUUCCUUGGUGUGGAUGUCUUCUUCAUCUGUAAGGAUAGUUACAGUCUGGCCAAAGGCAGCGAGACAGAAGUCUCAAAGUUCAUCAGAGCCAGAGCUGCACUUUGGAGCUCAGAGAUGGACGCAUGGAAGAAGAUCCAUGACUCCCUGUGUGAAGGUCAGAAGACAUCAGAGGAACACCGAGCCGUCCUGGACAAAGCAUUUUAUCCAGAGAGAGCAAUAGAGAGCAACAACUAGAGAAAUCAAAUAUCUGUCACAAGAGGAUGAAAAAAUGAAAUAUAAGUAGGUCUCUGUGGUGAAUUGGUGGUGACUCAAUUUUUUUGUAUCUCAUUUUUUUUUUUUUUCAGUGUAACUCUGAGUAAUAUGACUAAAUCAUGUCUGAUAAUGGAAUCUAACUAAUAUGUAAAUCACUGAUCAUCAGCAUAGAAAAUCAUUUAAAUCUAUCUUCUUAAUCAGCUGUAUUUCUAAUGACAAACAUGAUUCAUUGCGUCUCUGUAUAUUAACUAUUACAUGGUCAGUAUGAGUGUUGUCACGAUGAAGCUUGUCUCAAAACAUAAUGCUCGUGUAUCAUUCAAAAAAAGAUGUGAAAAUAUCUUACUUGCAUGUAUUUUAUAAUCAUUAAAUAUAUCCCUGACUAUUAAGAAAAAAAAUGUUUGUCUCAUAACUAGCACUUAGUUUUUAGAUGUACUUCUUUUUCUGUAUCUGACACAUAGUAGCAGAUGUAUAUUAGUACUUGGAUGGACGUUGAUUUGUGUCAAACAAUGUGGAAUUGUGUUAUCCAAAGCUGUGGUGUCAUUAGAGGUACCUGCUUUACCUUGUCUUUAAGUGACAUUUUUGACUGACUUCAUUUAUAUGAUAUCAAACAAAUAGGGGUGAAAUAAAUGUACUAAA